AAAACAAGCGCUCCAUCUGUCAGCGCCUCCCUGAUUAUGUAUGUAUUAAAUCACGCAUUGUCCCUCUGCCUUUCCGAAACACUUGUGAAGACAAUCGGUCCUAGUUUUGCGCAUGCUUAAAGCGCUGGAGCGACAAACCUGAGAACACACAGCACCGUAUUAUAGUAAGAAACUACAGCCUGCGCCUUCAAUAGGAAUACAACAGCGCUGUAACCGGAGCGGAACAGACGCGUUAGGACGGAUGACAGAGGUGAUGAACAGCCCUGAAGCAGUCAUGGAGGACUUCAACCCUGGGGACCAGGACAUCCAUUUUCAGAUCUUCCCAGAUUCCCAUGAGAGGUACCCCAAGCUGUCCAAACGGCUUCCAUCUAUCGUGGUGGAGCCCACAGAGAGUGGCGAGGUAGAGAGUGGAGAACUGCGGUGGCCCCCAAAAGACCAGAGUACCACCGAUAACCCCAGCCAUGCCCAGCCCCCUGCUGAGCCCCAGGCAGCAGAAGAGGAGCAGUACUGGGACAGUACUGGAUUGGCAGAAUAUGCGGUAGGUGGAGACUCCAACUGAGACCUGGGGCCAAUAAUGAUCCAGCUUUCACUGUGAGUGUGGUCCAACAGCCAGGAACACACAAGGAAGGUGGAGGCGUGGCCCGUCCCCCUCCUACUACUUGACCUGCACACCUAUGGGAAAACCCAUCCCCCUUACCUCUUGAUGGAGACAAGGCUAUGUAAAAAAACACCUGCUUAUGUUUGCCAUACUCUGGAAUCUUUGCUCAUUUUAUAUACUGUACAUAUGAACAACCAUCUGACCCAUUUUGGAGAUCUAUGUGAAUUUGUGCUCUUUGUAAAUGAUUCUUUGUUAACACUUGUGUAUAGAGUUUUUCCCAGGGUAAAUGCAUACUAUGCAUGAUUUUAGCCUUGCUGUGGUCCUGUGUUUACAAUCGAAGAAGCCUCCUCCUCUGUCUUAAACCCCACCCACUCACCCUGAGUAACUGACUUCGGCCAUCUAGCUACAUAUCGUAGCUAGCUGAAUAGCCAGAGGUAACGUUACUUACAGGUGCAAUCUGAACCAAAACCACAGGCUCUGCACCCCUCCCCACACAGACAAGAGCAACAAACCCAGAAAAGUCCCAAAAACGUUUUAGAAUAACAAAUACAGGUAAAGACGCACAAAUUUGGUGUAAAUGCGUAAAGACUGAGAUUGCCAGUGUAUCAUAGAUAUGCUGUAGCGUGGUUAUUUUAUAAUAUUUUUAAUGUAGAAAUCCUGCAUAGUAUGCCUUUUAACAGUAAUGCCAUAAUGUGUGUGUGUAUUUUAAUCAGUACUUAGAAAGAUAAGGAAUAUAUUGAAAUAUGAUUAUAGAAAUGUGUGAUAUGUAACUCUAAUGUUCGAUCCUUUGCAAUAUGUUGAUAUUUUUGUUUAUUUUGUUUACAGCACUGGUUAUGUGUGUGUACAGUGCAUGUGUGUGUGUGCGGGUGUAAAUAUAUGGCAGUCUAUAUUCUAAUAAACAUAGGAAUAGAUUUUUAAUAGAGAAUAGAUUUGCUUAGAUUUGCUCACUGUGAGCAGGGAGAACUGUUACAGCUGAACAACAGAUAUUUUAGAGUUUUAUAGAUAAUAGAUGUAUGUCUUAAUGCAGUCACCUUUAUGUUGUAAAUGUUGCUGAAACCUGUGAUUUUGUUAGGUCUAUUGCGUGUUAAAGAUAUUCUAUGAACCAUUCCCUGAUUGAACCAGAUGAAUGUUUUUAAUAAUGGAUUACAGGACUACAGUGAAGUUGGGGAAGAGCCCCUGAACUAAUGUUCAGCGCCCAACUGGGUGAUGCAUGACAGUUAUUUUGUAUCACUUUGUUACACUACUGUGCUGCACACUCACAUUCAUGACAUUUUUGACAGUUCAUCAUAUUUAAAGUGUAUAACUAUCCUGUUAAACUGGUAUCAAAAACUGAAUUUGCACACAUUGAAUUUUGGUGGUACGUACAUUUUAAUACGCUGCACUUGAAGAA